AUGCUAGAGCUUGCAUUCCUGGACGACCGACCGCCCGCCCGCGUGGGCGGCGUGGCAUGGCAAAGAGAUAGCUCCCGCCUCAGCAAGCCAGAGCAGCGAGUGCGGUGUGGCGGCUGGUAUCGGUACAUCAAACAUGUACAUGCCGUUCUCCCUGCCGGAUCCUCGUCCUCAGGGUCCCGCGCAUUUCCCAUCCUCCCCAGCAUCGAGCCCCAGGCGUGGGGUGAAAGCGGUGGGGAGAAGGAGACGGCAGAAUAUUGGAUACGACGCUAG